AUGUUCAAGAAGGACUUGUCGGCGGGCGCAAAGUCCAAAGUGAAGUCCUCGGUUCAGCGGGGCAUCAGGACCAAAGUGCUCGAGACGUACCCGGACCUCGAGCCCUGCAUUGAUGAUAUCCUGCCCAAGAAGAGUCAACUGGACUUGGUGAAACUUCCCGACCGCGUCUCGCUCUACGUCCUCGACGACCGGCCUCUCUUCUACCAACACAUGGACGACCCUCUCAUCCCGCAUCUCAAACUCGUCCACCAGUACCCGCAAUGCUUCAAACACCUCCGCAUCGACCGCGGCGCGAUCCGCUUCGUCUUAUCCGGUGCCACGCUGAUGGUUCCCGGCCUCACCUCCGCUGGCGGGUGGCUGCCGGACAAGGACCAAGAGGUCAAAGCCGGGGAAAUCGUCGCCAUCACGGCCGAGGGCAAGGAAGAAGUGUGCAUGAUCGGAAUCCUGGAGGUGGGCACCGAGGAAAUGAAGGCGAAGAAAAAGGGCGUGGCUAUGAGUGCCGGACACUACCUGGGGGACGGGCUGUGGAAAAUGGACUUCAGUUGA